CGAGAAUGAUGUUCGACCCACCGGAUUUCCCCUACAAGGAAUUAUCGGACACACUACGAGACCACUACGACUCCGACUAUCUUCUUUUCAAUUCUGAUGUAGUAGCAACAGAUUCAACCAAUAUCAAUAAAGAUCUAGCCGAUGUUGCUGAUCAAAUGCUGACGAAUGUAGGCAAUCAGAUAAUCUUUGAUUCUACUAAAAACUUGAAUGAAGGCGUAUCAUCUUUUUUGACUAGUACCACGAACAUUGAGCAAAAUACAGAAUUAUUUAUAGUUCAGUCGGAUAAUUUACUUAAUAAUUUUGAACCAACUUUACUUGAUGAUAACACGGUGAAUCAAUUCUUAUUGCCGCUUCAAGUUUCAGCGAGCGCGAAUAAGGGCACUGAAGAUACUGGGCCCGACUUGUUAGCAUUACACUCCUGCGUCAUUUGCCACGAGAUAUUUACUACGGACUCGGAUCUUCUAGACCAUACAAUUUCAUUCCAUACCUCUGAUCCGGUCUUGGAUGCUCUUCCUAGCAGUUCACCAGCUGACGCUAUAGAUCUGCAGCCAAAGUUACAAGAUAUAAGCCAUCCAACCGACAUAGAUUUUGAAUCCUACUGGCUUGUUUGUGGCAUCUGUGAACGUGUAUUAUCUACAGCUUUAGAAACAGAACCUACUGAACAACUGUGCUGCACCACCAGCGAUGGCAAGACCAGUGUGUCACCUCGGAAGCUUCUCACCAUGUACGUCUGUGACUUCUGCAACGGUCUGUUCGCGGACGCCGAUGCCUUGGACAGACACCGGUUGACUUGCUUUGUUCCUGAACAGAGUCAAAGCUUCUAUCCACCGGCAGAAAACUCAAGCGCCACCACAAACGACCAGCUAUGCUGCGCCUGCGACACUUGCGGCAAACGCUUCUCAACCAUCGAGGAGCUGAAGAUGCACACCAUGGGAUGCCUUCAGGUCGUCAAUAAGAGGGAUCGACGGUCUUACGCCAAUGCUACUAGCAGCAAAAUGUGGAAUUGCGGGUCGUGUAACCAGCUGUUUGCCACUGCAAGGGAACUCUACCGUCACAAGCGCGGAGAAGACCGGCCGUCGGGCGCGCCUCUCAUGGCGUACGUGUGUGAAGAGUGCGACAAGGUCCUAGGCAGCAUGUGCGCGUUGCACACGCACAAGAAGAUGCACAAGGUGUCUAAGCCGGGCUACCCAUGCCGCGUGUGUGGGCGCCGCUUCAACCAGUCGGGACACCUCGCGAUCCACAUGCGCAUGCACACUGGCGAGCGGCCCUACCCUUGUGACCUCUGCCCAAAGGCCUUCAAAGUCAAGGUGGAGCGCGACGACCACCGGCGCACGCACACCGGGGAGCGCCCGUUCGCGUGCACGGCGUGCCCGAAGACGUUCACCGCGGCUGCGCGGCUCCGCGAGCAUGCUAGGAUACAUACUGAUCAGAGGCCAUACCGGUGCGAUAUAUGUGGGGCCGCCUUCCGUCGUCCAUACGCUCGCACCGUUCACACCCUCAUUCACACUGGGGAGAAGCCACACGAGUGCGAUGUGUGCGGUACCACGUUCAGGCGUUCUGGCGAUAUGUGGAAGCACAAGAGAACCCUCCAUGGUGUCCAAGCAAGCGGGGAAGCUGAAUUGAAGUCUUAGCUCUUCCAAUCCGGCCCGCCGAGACCCAAAACGAGUGCCCACUGUCCGGCCCGCGGGAGCCAGGCUCCAGGGGUUCAGCAUUCAUGGAGAGUGGAACUGAUCUUAACAGCAGCAACCAGGUACCCUCCCCCGGCGCAAAAACGGACGGUGGCCCGCGCGAAAGUUUCUGAGGCGCAAUAUGAUCCUCAGGUAAAAAAGUUUGGAGACCCCUGAGCUAAGAGAUUCACAAAUGACUAUACCUGUGCCAAAAUGAUCUACCCUUUCAUCCGGGGUCUCUCUCGCACACAUGCCACCGACCUUUCAAGCUGUCUUUGUUAUCUUCAAUUCGCCAUCAGAUAGAUUACUUUGAUUCAGGUAUAGUCUUGUAUUCUGUACCUAACUUAACCUACGACGUGUCAGUAUUUUUAUGAUCUCAUAUUUAGUCUGUAGAUUCUAGGGUCUGUAGGCCUUUGAUAGUGUUCAUGUCUUUUAAAACAUUAUAUUAUAGUUAUUUUAAU